AUAAUUCAAUCAAUUUAUAUCCAAAUUAAUUAGAAAUAAAACAAUAUAAACUAUGUAUUCAAAAUUAUUACUUCAAGUAUUAUGUUUAUCAAUAGUAUUGUUUCAGGUUAUGGCAAAUAUAAGAUCAGAUAAUACUGUAUUUGCAAACACCGAAAAAAGAGAUAGUGAGCCACCAGUGGGACAGUAUGACGAAAACAACUCUCCCGAUGGUCAACAUGAGCGUCGACAUCAUCAUCACCGUCAUCACCAUAAUCAUCAUCAUCGCAAGCAAAAUGAUGAUGAAGAGAUUGCACCGAUCAGACCGUGGCAUCAUAAGGGUGCCCAUCGUUAUCCACCAAUGGCCGAUCAUUCAAACGCAAUGUCACAGUUGAUGCCAUUGUUGAAAACAUUGGCCAAUCGGAAAGUACAAAAAGCGGGCAAAAUAGUGGCCAGUAGUGACUCGGAGCUCGAUGUCAACAGCAAAGCUAAGGCUUAUGUUAUCAGCAAAUGGAAGACACAGAUCAAGGAAAUGCUGAUCCAUAAAGUCAAUAACGAAAGCAAAGUCUUAUCGCGAACUAUCGACCAAACGGGUGAAACCAAUGCCGUCGUCAAUCUGAACGCCGAAUUGGAUCUCAAAAAGGAAAAACUAGUGAACGGAAUCUCAUAUAUGGAGUCAAAACCAUCGGAGAAAAAACACAAACAUCAUCACCACAAACACCAUCAUAAGCACAAUAAUAGCAAUCAUCAUAAUAACAGGGAUAACCAAGAGGUUAACCAACAACAACAUCAACAACAACAUCAACAACAAAAUCAACAACAAUAUGUAGCCAACAACGAGGGUCAGUUAUAUGGUGAACGUCAGUCGUCGUCCCAGCCGUUAUCGCGUCACUACCGAUACAAACGUGACACUGAAGGUGGAGAUGAUGGACAAAAAAAGCCGGACAUUGGCGGUCAGUUUCUCGCAAAGAUAGGCAAUGCUUUCAAACAGGCCGGACAAGAGAUUGACAAAACAGUCAAAGAAUAUGCGCCCAAAUUUGGCCAAAAACUCAAAGAGAUGGCCGACAAUAUUUUCAAACCACCCAAACCUAACCACGAAAGUCCUACUGUUGCCCCCAAAGAGGGAGAGGAAUAAGUCAAUGACUUGAUGAACAUCGGUAUUGAUUUGUUAUCAAUAAUUAUAAAUCACUUAUUAUUAAUAAUAGUAUUAUUAU